AUGGAAGAUUUUAAUGACGAUGAUAUUCAUAUUUUUGUCACAAAAUUUCAGGAGGAAAACUAGAAAUCAACACUAUAACUAGAUGAGAUAAUGAAUCAAAAAGAAUUUUAAGGAUAAAACUGUAAUUCUAUAUAGAAAAAUUUUAGAAAUGAUAAUCUUACAAUAAGCAAUCAAAAAACAAUAAGAAUUAAAUAAACAAAUUAUUCCAAUAUUAAGUAAGUAAUUCACAUUAUUAUAGAGUAUCUUUAAAAUAAAACUCUGCAAUAUAGAGAUUUAGAAAUAUAAUUUUAACAAUUAAGAACAUCAUAAGAAUAAUUUAAGUAAAAUAUCUCAUAAUCAUAAGUAAAAUUAUGAUUUCAAUAAUAGGAUGAAAUUGAAUAAGCAAAAAAUUCAAUAGCAAAUUCUUAAAUUAUUAUUGAAUAAGAAUAAAAAAUAGUAGAUUUAUAAAAUUUAAAAAUUGAACUUGAAUAGAAAAUAAAAGAACUUGAAUAUGAGAUAAAUGGAAUGAAGUCUGUAGAUAAAAAAGUUUCAUUACAAAUCUCUAAAUUAGAGAAAGCUGUAUAAUUUGAAAAAUAAUGUAUCUAUAUCAACUUUACAUACUUAGAAAAUUCAAUUUUAUAAUAGGAAAAGGCAUCAAUUGAAUUGGAAUUGAGAGCUGCAAAAGAAAAUACUGGAUUUGUAAAAUAUUUAUCCUUAUACUUAGAAUAGGAUGUCAAUAAAACCUAAUUAAAAUGAGAGUGGAGCUAGUUUAACAAAUCAAGAUGAAUUAAAUUUAAGAGAAAAAAACAUAUAAUUAACAAGAGGUAAUAUCUAGCAAAUAUAUAGAUUAAAUUAGAUUUACAAUCAGCGAAAAAGUAACAUGAUAUUUUAAGGGAAACAUAUGAUAAACAAAUAGAUCAAUUAAGAAUUUAAAUUGAAAAUUUUGCAAAGACUAAUAUAGUGAUUACAAAUUAAGUUUAGGAAUUAUAAAAAAAGUUGUAAUUAACUUUAGAAGAAAAGGAUAAAUUUAAAUCGUAAUUAGAAAAAAUGGCUGAUAGCAAAAAUUUGGAUGGAGAGUCAACUUUAAAAGAAUGUAAAGUAAAAUUAAGAAAAUACGAAAGCUUGUUAUAAAAAGCUAAUUCAGAAAUAGAAAUUAAAGACAUAUAAAUACAAGAAUAAUAUUCUAAUUAGUUAAUUGAUAUAAUCAAUAUAAUCGAAAGCUAUAAUAAAGAGAAUCUUCAAAUUAACCAAAAAUUAUAAUAAUAAAUUUAGGUUGUUGAAGAAUUAAAACUAUAAAAAGAAAAUAAAAAUGAGAUUUAGGAUAUAGAAAAAUGUAAAUAAUUAGAAGAGUAAAUUAGUAAAUAGAAAAUGACCAUAUAAAAAUAAAAAAAAUAAAUUGAGCAACUUGAAAAAUCAAAGUAAGAAUGUUUAGUAAUAAGUAAUUCAAAAGUUGAAUCUGAAUAAUCAACCAAAAUAGAGAAUAUUAGUAUUGAUAACUAAUCUAUAAAAAAGACUUAAAAUGUAGAAUAAGAAAAGAUUAUUGAUAAUAUAAAUAUCAAAACUCAAUAACAAAAUAUUACUAAAUUAUAAGAAGAAAAAUAGUAAUUGUAAAUUUAAAAUGAUGAUUUAAAAAAACAAUUAUCUAUUAAAAAUAGUAAUGAUUAAUAAUAGUACGAAUAACUUUUGGUUUAACAAUUAUAAUAAAAAUUAGAAAUAGAAAGAAAUAAUUUUAAUAAAUAGUAAACAUAAUUAUAAUAAGAAUUAGAUAAUUCAAAAUAAUAACAUUAAUUAUUAGCAAAAAAUCAUGAAAACUUAAUAAAUCUUAAUGAUUAAUUAAAUUUAUAAAAAUAAGAUUAAGAAAAAAUCAUAAAUUAAUUAGAAUCAAAUUUAACAAUUCUAAAAAAUGAUUUUGAAAAACUUAAAAAAGAACAUCAAAUUUUAAAAUAAGGAAAUGUAGAUAAUGAAGCUAAGAAAUAAGAAUAUAUAAAUCGUAUUAAAUCUUUAUAAAAUCAAAAAGAAUAAUUUGAACUUGACUCUAUAUAAUCAACAAUCUAAGGUUAAAAUACUUAAGUUGAAUAAAAAGAAUCCAAAAUUACUUAACUUUCAGAAAAAAUAGAAUAAUAAAAUCAGAAAAUUCAAUAAUUAGAGAUUAACGAAAAGAAUUAUCAAUAAUAAAUAGAAGAACUUAAGAAAAUUAAUUAAAUUGUUUAUUCUUCAUAAAUUUCAGAAAAUCCUAUUUAAGAAUAAAAACAGAAAGAAUAAUAAUUAAUAAAGCAAAUAAAUACAAUAAAACAAGAAAAUUUAGAAUUACUUUAAUAAAAUUUAUCGUUUAAAAGUUUAUUGGAAGAACUUAAAUUGUAAAACGAAAAAGCUAAUCAUUAAAAAACUUUAUUUGACAAUUAGAUUUAAGAAUUGAAAUUAAUAUAAGUUAAUCUUCAAAAAAAAAAUAACGAAUAAGAAGAUAAGAUCAAUUUACUUAAAAUAUAGAGAGAAUUGGAUAGUAAGAAAAUUAUGGAAGCCGAAGAAAUAUUAAAAUAAAAAACUGAAUUAGAAAAAAAAAAUUAAAAUUAAAAUGAUACAUUAUAAAAACUGAGUUAGUAAAUUGGAUUACUUGAAAAUGGAAAUUCAAAUGAUUAUGUUGCUACUUAAAAAGCAAAAAUUAUGUAGCUUUAAAAAGAAUUGGAUAAUUAAAAAGUUGAGAUUAAAAACUUAUAUUAAGAAAUAAAAAAGUAUUAAGAAAAGGAGACUUAAAUUAGAAUUUAUAAAGAAAGAUUAGAAAAGAAAUAUUUAGAAUAGAUGACUGAAUUAUCAAAUCAUCAAGAUGAAAUGUAUUUAUAAAUAAAGGAGUUGAGAUCUAAAGCUUAAAUGAGUGAUGAUUAUCUCAAAAAAAUUAAAGAUCUUGAAAUGAAUCUGAAACAUAAAUAAGAUUAAUUAUAAAGCUAUUCUUAGAAAAUAUAGGAGUAGGUAGUUUAUAUAGAUAAGCUUGAACAUAAAAUAUAAGACCUAAAAUGA